GUGUGUGUGUGUGUGUGUGUGUGACACACGAGCCUUCAUAUUUCUCUGACGUUGGACAGAAACUCUCAGAAGAGCCAGAAGUGUAGCGGACAGGACCAAAUAAAAGACAAGCAAGGCCAGCGAGAGAGAGAGAGAGAGCGCGCGAGAGAGAGAGAGAGAGAAAGAGAGAGAGAUGAGGACCUUCCAGAGCCAAAGUCAGGCCGCGCAGCGCGGAGCCGCCAGCAGCCCGCACAGCCUCAGCAGCAGCACCGCCGUGAGUCCACUCAGCACGACCAGCAUCACCCUCGCAGCCCUGCUCAUCCUCACCAUCCCUGUCUGCGACAGUGCUCCAGCAGAACUUCAGCAAGCCACAACAGAUCAGAGGCGGCUCCUCAGCCAGAUAGACGCUGUGUGCUCAUCCUACCUCUCUGCAGACCCGAAGUUUUGGACAUCUGAUGUCUUAGGAGAACUCUGUGUUUUGAUGUUGGUUCAGAAGUCAAAGGAGCUGAAAGUGCGAGAAAAUAGUAAAAGGACCCCUCUGUUGCACCCUCUCCUGCAUCUUGUUUCCCAACUCCAUACCAGAAGAGAGAGAGGACUCUCAAUGCGCGCUGAACUCCAGGGACCUGGGGGAAUCCAGAGCAGAGGCUACUUCCUCUAUCGGCCUCGAAAUGGAAGAAGGUCCUUAGAAUAUGAGUAAAUUAAAGAGUCUCGACAACACAGAUCCUGAGACCUGAGCUGCUGCACCACGACUGAGUGAUCCAGAUUUCAACCACAGCCCUCUGCCACUGCUGUACAGUGAUGUCUGAAUGUACACAAAGAAUAUGAUUAAAAUACUAUUCAUUUGUCCAGAUUUUAUUUUAUGUUAUAUGUGUCAUUUGCAUUAAAACUGCUAUAAUGUG